AUGACUUUCAUUGAGACAAACUCACGAAAGCCCUCGAAUCCCCGAACGUGUUUGGAGUUGGCACUUGAAGCCGAGCGCAUCUGCAAGACAACACGCGACUACACCACUGCUAUUCGUCUCUUCCGUCAGGCCCUCGCUGUUGGCACUGAUGAUAUUGCCGUUCUCUCCGCCAUCUACUCCCAACUCGGCAACGCCUACUUCUACCAGCACGACUUUCUUCAUGCCCUCGAGUUUCAUCGCUGGGAUCUCUCCCUUUCUCGGUGA